GAAAAUGUCUAAUAUAAAAAUCGUGUAUAAGAGAAAAGUCCAUAAAUUACCAGCAAAGGUCUCAAAUUAUUAGGAAAUCGUUGAAACCAUAAAGACCAUAUAUCCACAACUCAAAGAAGUUCAUUUAUUUACCAUUAUCGAUCCUAGUAAGUAUUUAAAUUAUUCUCAGCUGAUCCCAAUGGAAUAGAAGAAAUCAAUUGUGAUUUCAGUUUAUCAUUCUUGAAAAAACUGUAUAAAUAAAUGGGAUGGCCAACAAUCAAAUUGCUAGUAGUAGAAAAUGAAAAGGAUGAAAAUCAAAUUAAAAACUCUAUGGAUUUACUAAAUCAAAGCACAAUAGUUUUGGAUUAAUCAAAUUACCAAUAAAAUAAACCUAAUAUAGAGAAAGAAAUUGGAAAUGUAAAGGCUAAAGAACCUCAAAAAUAAGUUAACGAUUAUAAAAAAGAUGAAAAAUUAAAACAAACACUUAUUGAAAUCAUUGAUGAACGAUUAAGGUACCAUAAGCUAUUAAUUUCAAAUACCUAAGAAACCGAUAUGAUAGAAAAGGCUAAACAAUUGAGUUAAAUUUUCCCCUAAUAACCUCAGGAUUAGUUACUUGAAUUCGUAAAGCAAUAGGGCUCUAAUUUAUCAUUAGAAGAGUUAGCAUUGUUGCUGACUCAGAAUUAAUGA